AUGACGUACCAGCUCCCGCCGAUGCUGCUGAACCUGUUCGCCCCGCGGCCGCCGCUGCGCUGGGUGGAGCCCAUCGACCACGCGCCGGAGAAGCGCUGCACGCCCAAGAUCGGCGGUGUCGCGCAGUAUCUCGAGGCGAUGCGCGAGUACAAGGACAACGACGGCUACGUGCCGAGCGACAGCUGGCUGCAGAAGCGCGACCGCAAGAAGAUUGAGAAAAAGGAGAAGCAGGAGAGGCUGCUGACCGAGGGCAUCCACGAUUGCACGCACACACACGCACUCGAUCCCAGCGAAGACGCCAAGGUCCAGGGCGACGCGUUCAAGACGCUCUUCGUCGCCCGCCUCGCAUAUGGCGCCACCUCGGACGACCUCGAGCGCGAGUUCGGCCGGUACGGACCGAUCGAGCGCAUCCGCAUCGUGGAAGACACGACGGCGCCGCCCGAUGCGCCGCCCAAGAAGCGCAAACGCGGUUACGCCUUCAUCGUGUACGAGCGCGAGAAGGACAUGAAGGCCGCGUACAAGGAGACGGACGGCAUCAAGAUCAAAGACCGCCGCGUGCUCGUCGAUGUCGAGCGCGGCCGCACCGUGUCUGGCUGGCGUCCGCGCCGCUUUGGUGGAGGCCUUGGAGGC